AUGGCUUCCCCUAGCGUUCUCACCUUUGACGCUGAGGACGGCCUCUCCCUGUUUGACCUCACUUCUGGUGCCUUCCCUGCCCUUGCUGCUGAUGCUGACGCCACUGUUCGCUCACAGUGGGCCACACGUGAUGCUACUGCUCGCCUUGCUGUACGCCGCCACUUACCGACCACUAAUCGUGCACACUUUAGCCAGUACAAGAGUGCUCGGACCUUGUACGACGCUGUAGUUGCACGCUACUCUUCCCCUGCCACUGCUGCACUCAGCCGCCUCAUGCCACCGUACCUCUUCCCUGACCUUGCUGCCAUUCCCACAGUCGCUGACCUCAUUACGCAACUCCGUACUAGUGACACUCGCUACCGCGCUGCGCUUUCUGCUGAGUUCUGCGCCAAGAACCCCCCCCCCAUGCACAUCACCCUCUACUACAUAGUCACCCGUCUCCCUGACUCUCUCCGUGUAGUCAGGGACCACUUCCUCUCUAUUUGCCCCACCACUCUCACCGUUGACCUCCUCGAGAAGGCCCUCCUAGCGAUAGAGAAGAGCAUAGUCGCUGUAGGAGGCUCUUGUGGUGACCCUCGCACCCGCAUCUUUGAGGGGUGUUCUCCCUCCCCCCUCUUGCCCUCUGUUGACUCUGCUGCUGCGGCCGACCUCGUUGUUUUCGAGUCGGUCGGCGCUGCGUCUGCCCCGAGCGGGAGACGCCGCACCGGCAAGGGCAAGGGGGGCAAGGGCACCGGAGGGGGUGGAGGGGGCGGUGGAGGUAGUGGUGGAGGCGGUGGAGGGAGUGGGGGUGGUGGUGGGAGUGGUGCUGGGGGUGGCGGCAGCGGCGGCAGCAGUGGAGGCGGCGGAGGCGGUGGGGGUGGCGGAUGGAGCGGAGGCAGCGGAGGUAGUGGAGGAGGCGGAGGUGGAGGAGGCGGCGGAGGCGGCGGAGGCGGCGGUGGCGGCGGAGGCGGCGGUAGUGGAGUGAGUCGCGACUCUGCGCCGAGGAGUGGCGUCGGUGGUGGUCAACGCCAGCAGCAGCAGCGGAGUGGUGUGACCCUGUCCCCUCAGCAGCUUCGGGAGUGGUACACGGCACGCCAGCGCGGUGGGGGUUUUGGUCCCUGCUCUUACGUUCUUCGUACCAGCGACCGCACUGGUGAGCAGUGCGGGGGUCCGCACUCCACCCAGCGCUGCUUUGGUCGCCUGACGGACGCGUGGCGUCGCCAGUUCCCUGAGGCGUCAGAGAUCCCUCGCUGGGGAGAUCUGGCUAAGGCCGGGGUUGCUAUCUUUGAUCUUGACUCUGAUGCUAUUCUUGCUGCCAUGUAUGCAGUUGCUGAUAGUGUUGAGGGUGCCUGUUACCUGUGUGUACCGCCUGACCCGGGCAUUAAGGCUGCUGCGCUAGGUGCUGGUGAGACUGCUGCUCUAGGUGCUAGUGCGUUUGCCGCCUCAAGUGCUGGUGAGUCUGCUCUCUCAGGUACUACGUCGGCUCAGGCCUUCCACACCUUCACCCUGGACUCGGGUGCGUCCCGCUCCUUCUUUCGAGACCGCACCACUCUUACGCCGCUUAGUCGGCCGGUUGCAGUCUCCCUGGCGGACCCCUCUGGGAACCUGUCCUUGCUAGCUUCUCCAAAGUCCUUCCGUGCCCUGCAGCCCCCUCUGGCAACCUCUCUGGUCUCUACUUCCCCUCGUUCUCUACGAACAUGGUGA